GAAUUCUUUGCCAAUGGUUCCCCUGACUUACUUCUGGCAGAGAAGGCUCAGAGAGACAACAAGCAGGUGCCCCUGGCCGGGAUCGAUCUACAGGAGAGAAACGGAGUUGCCACUUCACUAGGAGACGCGCCCAGGGGGAAGACAGAAUGUAGGAACUCAUCUCCUGGUCACGGCGUGCUUGAAGCAGCUUCCGUGCAACCAGAUCUGCUGACCUUCACGCACGUGGCUGUGUAUUUCACUGCCGAGGAGUGGGCCCUGCUGAGUCCAGACCAAAAAGCCCUGCACCGGGAAGUCAUGGAAGAAAAUGUUAGGACGGUAGCCUCUUUAGUAGAUGGCCAGAGCGCACAGAUGGAAACAGCCUCUUCUAAACCACACAAAAGUUUGGAGCAUGGAAAGAACUUCAGUCGAGAGGUGAAUCUGACUGCUGCUCAGCAGCCCCACUCAGCAGAGAAUCCACUUCAGUGCUUAGCAUGCGGAAAGAGCUUCAGUCGAACUUCCUAUCCUUGCAGGCACAAAAGAAUUCAUACUGGGGAGAAACCGUUAAAAUGCUUGGAUUGUGGGAAAUGUUUCACUGAAACCUCAGCGCUUAAGUCACACCAAAAAAGUCACACAGGGGAGAAACCAUUUCGGUGCUUGGAGUGUGGCAAGGUCUUUGGUGUGAAAAAAAGCCUAGUUGUACAUCAGAGGAUCCACACAGGGGAGAAACCAUUUAAAUGCCUGACUUGCAGAAGGCACUUCAGUCGAAAAACAAGCCUCAGGCACCAUCAGAGAAUCCACACAGGGGAGAAGCCCUUUAAAUGCCUCAAAUGUGGAAAGGGUUUCACUAGAAAUACAAGUCUCAUCUGUCAUCAGAGAAUCCACACAGGGGAAAAGCCAUUUAAGUGCUUCGAGUGUGGAAAGAGUUUCCAUAGAAGACAAGACCUUAAGAAACACAAAAGAGUUCAUAUGGAUGAGAUACCAUUUAAAUGCUUGGAGUGUGGAAAGUGCUUUCAUGGAAACACAGGUCUCCUGAACCAUCAAAAAAUCCACACAGGGGAGAAACCUUUUAAAUGCUUGGAGUGUGGAAAGAACUUUAGGGCAAACGUAAACCUCUUGCACCAUCAAAGAAUACAUACAGGGGAAAAGCCAUUUAAAUGUUUGGAAUGUGGAAAUAACUUCUCUAGAAAAACAAGUCUUUUGUACCAUCAGAGAACUCAUACAGGGGAGAAACCCUUUAAAUGCUUAGUGUGUGGAAACAUCUUCUCUAGAAAAGCAAGCCUUAAGGAUCAUCAGAGAAUUCAUACAGGGGAGAAACCAUUUAAAUGUUUAGAGUGUGGAAAUACCUUUUCUAGAAAAUCAGGUCUUGUGAGUCAUCAGAGAAUCCACACAGCUGAGAAACCAUUUAAUUGUUUAGAGUGUGGAAUUUGCUUUAUUUCAAAUGUACACUUUACAUCACAUCAAAAAACUCGCACAGACGGGAAAUCAUUACCGUAUUUUUUGCUCUAU